AUGGUGCCCUUCGCGCCGCCCGACGAGGGCGCAGAGGAACCCCCGCCGCCGCCGCCGCCGCCUCUUCCUCCUCCUCCGCCUCCUCAGCCCCAAGAGGAGCCCUUCUGCCCCCCGAUCCUCCUCCCAGACGCAGCCGGCGGCAGCGCCCUCAUGGAGACCUCCUCCGGAGGAAGCAACGGAGAGCUAAAUGGCAUUAAAAUGGUAGACGAACCUAUGGAAGAGGGAGAACCGUAUUCCUAUAAUGACGAUGAAGGAAUUGUGAAAGAGAUCCCUAUUACUCACCAUGUGAAAGAAGGAUGUGAAAAAGCAGAUCCUGCACAGUUUGAAUUACUUAAAGUCCUUGGUCAGGGAUCAUUUGGAAAGGUUUUCCUUGUAAGGAAAAUUAUUGGUCCCGAUGCUGGGCAGCUGUAUGCAAUGAAAGUUCUGAAGAAAGCUUCUUUGAAAGUUCGAGAUAGAGUUCGUACAAAGAUGGAGAGAGAUAUAUUAGUAGAAGUAAAUCAUCCAUUUAUUGUCAAACUGCACUAUGCCUUUCAGACUGAAGGGAAGCUAUAUUUAAUACUGGAUUUUCUCAGGGGAGGAGAUGUUUUCACAAGAUUAUCCAAAGAGGUUAUGUUUACAGAGGAAGAUGUGAAAUUCUACCUCGCAGAACUGGCCCUUGCUUUGGAUCAUCUGCACAGCUUGGGAAUUGUAUACAGGGACCUGAAGCCAGAAAACAUUUUGCUUGACGAAGCAGGACAUAUCAAGUUAACAGUUUUAGAUUUUGGCCUCAGUAAAGAAUCCGUCGAUCAAGAGAAGAAAGCCUACUCUUUCUGUGGUACUGUAGAGUACAUGGCACCUGAAGUUGUAAACAGGCGAGGCCACAACCAGAGUGCAGAUUGGUGGUCAUUUGGUGUUCUUAUGUUUGAAAUGCUUACUGGUACGCUACCAUUUCAAGGUAAAGAUCGAAAUGAAACCAUGAAUAUGAUACUCAAAGCAAAACUUGGAAUGCCACAGUUCCUUAGUCCUGAAGCUCAAAGUCUUCUGAGGAUGUUGUUCAAAAGAAAUCCUUCAAAUAGGUUAGGAGCUGGUUCUGAUGGAGUUGAAGAAAUAAAGAGGCAUCCUUUCUUUUCAACCAUUGACUGGAAUAAGUUAUACAGGAGAGAGAUUCAGCCCCCAUUUAAACCUGCUUCUGGAAGACCAGAAGAUACAUUUUGUUUUGACCCAGAAUUCACAGCAAAAACUCCCAAAGAUUCUCCUGGAGUUCCACCAAGUGCUAAUGCACACCAGCUCUUCAAAGGCUUUAGUUUUGUUGCAACUACUGCCAUCGAAGACCACAAAAUCUCCCCUUUCAACAAUAUAUUGCCAAUAGUACAGCAACUUCAUGGGAACAGUGCAUUAUUCACAGAUGCUUAUGAACUCAAGGAGGACAUUGGUGUUGGCUCCUACUCAGUGUGUAAGCGUUGUAUUCAUAUAGCUUCCAACAUGGAAUUUGCUGUGAAGAUAAUUGACAAAAGUAAGAGAGAUCCCUCUGAAGAAAUUGAGAUUUUGAUGCGUUAUGGACAGCACCCAAAUAUUAUUACUUUAAAAGAUGUAUAUGAUGAUGGUAAAUAUAUCUAUCUUGUCACCGAAUUGAUGAAGGGAGGUGAGCUACUGGAUCGUAUUCUCAGACAAAAGUAUUUUUCCGAACGGGAAGCAAGUGCUGUGUUGUAUACUAUCGCUAAAACAGUAGACUAUCUUCAUUGUCAAGGAGUAGUGCAUCGAGAUCUUAAGCCCAGUAAUAUUUUAUAUAUGGAUGAUUCCAAUAAUGCUGAUUCCAUCAGGAUUUGUGAUUUUGGUUUUGCCAAACAGCUGCGAGGAGAGAACGGGCUUCUCUUAACUCCAUGUUACACUGCCAACUUCGUAGCACCAGAGGUUCUCAUGAGACAGGGAUAUGAUGCUGCUUGUGAUAUAUGGAGUCUGGGUGUCCUCCUUUAUACCAUGUUGGCAGGGUAUACUCCUUUUGCCAAUGGUCCCAAUGACACCCCCGAGGAGAUCCUGUUACGAAUAGGCAGUGGAAAUUUUUCUCUAAGUGGAGGCAACUGGGACACUGUUUCAGAUGCAGCAAAGGAUUUGCUAUCUCAUAUGCUACAUGUAGAUCCACAUCAGCGAUAUACUGCAGAGCAAGUUCUUAAACAUUCAUGGAUAUCCUGCAGGGACCAGUUGCCACAUUAUCAGCUAAAUAGACAAGAUGCACCACAUUUAGUAAAGGGAGCUAUGGCUGCCACAUAUUCUGCACUGAAUAACAAGACAUUUCAGCCUGUGUUGGAGCCUGUCGCAGCUUCAAGCUUAGCUCAACGGCGGAGCAUGAAAAAGCUAACGUCAACAGACUUAUAGAUCCACUGAGGCACUUGGCCAAAGUGGAGCAGGGGGGAAAAUCCAAUAAGUAGCUCUUUAUCUGCUGGGCCUGUGAUUUAAAAGGCAUACACAUGUUCCUUCUGCACUACUUGAAUUCUGUUGAAGAAAGGAGAAAAAUGUCCAUAGGUUCAGAUGGAUUCAUAAUGCUUUUUGCAGGAAGUGUAAGUGGUUCAUUUGAAGCAAAGCAUCAGGGUACAUCACAACGAUCAUGAGGAGUUUCUGUACACAGUCCUUUUCAGAGACCUAUUACAUUGUGUUAAUACUUUUAAAUACUGUAUAGUUUUUGCCCAGUUUAUUAAAAAUGGUUUAGGGGACCAUAGACACUGCUUCAGGUUGUAAAUUUAAAACUGAAAAAAAAAAAGUCAGUGUUUAGUAUUUUUGCUAUUUGGCCCUAUUGUAAAGAGGAAAAAAAUGAUUAAACUUAUGUGCUAUA